AUGCAUGCUUCCGAGCUAAGGAUGUUGUACAAGGAGAGAAACUAUGAGGAGAUUUACAGCAGAAUCCAGCAGGAAAUGGAGAAGCUAGUCCUCAGAAACAAGCUGUCCACGGAUGACCUGGAGGGACUGCAGUCGUCGAUUGAAGAAGAGAUAAGAAGAGGCGUCCACGAGCAGAGGGGAAUCCCAAGACCGUUGAUAAACAUCAUCCUGCUGCAGGGAGAAAGCUUUGAGGCAAAGAUAAGGUCCCUACUGAUCUCUUACCUGGCGUCGCUGUGCUCUGUGGAUUACCAGGAAUUUCUGUGCUGCAACUUCCAGAAGCUAUCCUCACUGAAAAGCUGCUUUACAUGGAUUGAAGAAAGCAUGGCCAGAAUAAGCCUCAGGUAUUCCAAUGUUCCCGACGACUGGAACUUGCCACAGGAGAUAUUGCUCAAGUAUUAUGUACUGACGAAGCAGAGAGCAUGCGAUUACUUUUUCUACAACGAGAUCGACGAGCAAGACUUCGUGGAAGCCUUUGAUGUAACGAUAAAACACGAACGGAGGCUUGGAAGAGCAUUUGAGAAACACGGCUGCUGUGUGUGUUCCUUGCAGCAGCCUGCAGGGAACGAGUCGCGUCUGGUUCCAAGCUCCACAGAGACUUCAUGUCCUCAUAGAACAAUGAUCUCAUCACUGUUUGUGCCGAACAUAGAAAUAUACCUGAGGGCAUCCUUCAGGCUUCUGGUGGAGUCCGAGCUCAACCUGCAGGACGUCAAAGUGUGUGUCUUUUCAAGGUUCCUGGACUUCUUCCGCGGGCUGGAAAGGAUUUUCAAGAAGAUUGGGUAUCUCAACGACAGGCCUACAUACAGACACCUCGUGCAUUGCUUCGACGACCAUUUGGGUUUCCUAAUGAGGAAGAUAUGUCCUUCUAAGGACAUGUACGGAUCUAUCAUUGUCCUGAACACCAUUCUUUUUGUAAGAGAAACGGGACUUGACUUUCUGGACCAGGUCAUGGAAAGAUCUGGAGUCGAAGAGGACGCCCCAAAGAUGCAUGCAGAAGCCCGGAGGAUCGAAGGGCUCCAGAAUGCCCUCAUAGACGACUAUCUCUCGCACUACUUCUCAGAGCUGGACUUCACGGCCCCCGAAGGACUGUCCAAGGAAAUCAUACGCUUCCUGGACAAAGAGAUAAUGAGCGAGAGCAACAGCGGAAUGUACGAGGACGUUCGAAUCAUGGUGCUGGAAAGCAUCAUCUCCCAUGUCUUCUCCAGAAUCUACUCCAUCAAAAUCACCCCCAAGGCUUCAGAGGCCAUCUUGCUUGAGACUGCUGAGGUAAAGCGGUAUUUGCGGACAAAGACAAGUGUCAUUCCUCUCAUAGAUGUUGUCGAGAAGUAUCUCAAGAUCUUUCUGUGCCCACCAGACAACACAAGAUGUUUUGCAGAAAACUUUGUGCUUAUGUCGGAAGGCAUCUUUUCAUUUGACCAGAUCAUUAGCAACAUUGAGGACGGACACGGGGCAGACGAAUUGUAUUUGGCAUACGAGGAGAUUACAGGGUCUUCCAAGGCCAUAUCCUGA